AUGAUGACCUUACUGUAUCUGCCUUGCCUGGUAGUACUCGCACUUGCCGUCGACCUUCCUACAGCCGCCGAAGAUGCAGGAAGCUGCGGACCUGUGAGUGGAGUGGCCACGGGAAGCUUGCUACAGAGCACUGCUACACAUCGACCGACAAGGACCCCUCAGCAGAUUGGUUUCACGAAGACGGCGACGAGUUCACAGGUACGCUUCGUCUUCUUCGCCGGGCUUGAAGGAAGCGGGCACCACUUCUGGCAUGAAAUGAUCAAGAGGUUGCCCAUCAACAGGUCCGAAGACUUGUCCCGCGCGCUCUUUGAUGGGCAGCACGGAGGGUUUUUCAACGCCGACGAACACAGCCGAGGAGACUAUGCCGAAGACAUCGCGAAGUUGAUGUCGGAGAUGGAGAUGAAUCUAAGCAGCACGCCAGGCUGCAAGGUGGUUGCCCUGAACGGUGUUGAGCCGCAGGUAUCUGGCAUGAUGUCCUACCCAAACAUGGGAGGAAAAGAUAGAGCCGGCCGGAAUCCUGACAUUUUUGCUUUGGCAAAGCUGGCUGAAGCUGCUGGAGUAGAUUUGCGCAUUGUGCUGCUGACUCGGCAUCCAGAAAGCAUGGUGCAGAGCAUGUGCGAAAGGAACUACGAGAAGGAUGUCGCUCAUGCAGUUCGGGAGGUAGCAAUGACCAUAUCCCUUCUGAGUGAGCAGCUCGAGUUGCUUGAUCCCUCAUAUGUGGCAUGCUGGACGUACGAAGAUCCAGGGGCAAAGAUUCUGGAGUUGCUUUCCUUCAUGGGCAUCUGUGACGCAGACCCUAGCCUGAGCAGGCAGAUUGUCGAAGAGAUUUACAAGCCCUCGAACCAUCCGGCUCUUUCCAAAGCUGCCAGUGAGAUGCUGGAAACCAGCACUCACAUUCAUGAGAGCUUGCUUGCCAAGUGGUGCAGCUAG